CGACAGCAUUUCACACCAUUUUGAAUUGACGACGACAGCUGUUGAGAAUCUCGUUUUUUUUUUUUUUUUUUGCGAUUACUGGCUCAACCGUCCUCAAAACGUUCAACUCUCAUUGCCUCCAUUCGCAUUUCCAACGUUUUAUGUUCAAAUGACUUUGAACGAAUAUUGAAAAGAUCUCACACAUUUUGCACAGCCACAUCCGCUCAACUGACACUUGCUCUCAACUGGCAUUCUACCUUCUUUUCCUUUGCCAAAACAAGGGAUUUGCUACCACGUAGAUGCACGCAACAUGGCCAGCGCAGGCUCGGUCAGAGUCCCCCGUGCUGAUGCAUCGUCUGGAAAACCGGACGAACCUAUAGGCACGCAGAAUGGAGUAAACGUUCCAUUGACAUGGGAGGAGGAGUUGGCCGAGGACGAACCUCUUGUUCCGACACAUAGAAAACCGCAGAGAGCGCCUUCUCCGCCUUUGGAUAAUCUCGUGCCUGAUAGUGCGUCAGAGACGAGUGGUGCCACACAUUCUACCUUUCCAUCUCACAACACAAAUGCGCACUCUAAUGUACCCCACGCACCUCCCAGCACCAACGCCCUUUUCCCUCCCUCUCCGGGCCCGACACGCUCAUCACACGACUCGGCCCGCACAGCCCGCGAGAUCAACAACCUAUCCGAAACAGCCAUCCCAAUUGGCGUGGCAACUGGAGAACGGAAGAGUGCCGAAGUGGAUUUGAUGAGACGGGAUUGGACAUGGGGUCCUAGGGGAAAGUUACGCAUUGUCAACCAAGAGAAUACUAUGCAGGAAGAGGGAGAGAAGACUCCUAUUGAUGCGUCCUACCCGCGACCCAUGUCAUCUCAAUCAAGCGGUCACAGUCCUUCUACAAUAUCUUCGUACUAUGCACGACCGACAAGCGUAUACAGGGAAUAUCUAUCAGACACCCCUACUCCAUCCAUUACCACAACACAAACACUGCGAGAUAUCUCCCCCCUCCCGGCAAUUCCACCCCCUGACGCAUUGCAGCCGAGGGGAACAGUCGCAGGCGUAUAUUACCCUCCGCGACCGAGACCCAAGGUAGUCGAUAUUCGGCAACCGAGUAAGGGGGCAAAAAGCAAUGUUGUUUUGAGGGCCAAGAGUCGGAUGCGAAGGGUGUUGUUGGGUGGGAGCAAGAAGAAGAAGGAGGGGCAGAAAGUGACCGGGAAGAAUCGGAUGUCCGUGGCGUCCUCUGAUCAAUCUGGGAAGGUGGAAUUCGUGAGUCCAUCUGCGUCGUCGUCGCCUCGUGAAACUAGAGAGCAAGAGUUGCAAAAGCGGCCUACAGAACAGCCACAGCAGCAAGCGCUGCAGCAAGCGCAAAUCCCGAAUAUGUCACCGAAUUACACUACAUCACCGCAUCCUCAUGACCCUGCCUUCCGAAUGUGGACCGUCCGCCACCAACCCAGUAGCGGCGCCCCUCUCCUCGUCGUCAAGUCUCCUCUCCUAGGCGAGACACUUUCCAAGGAGCUCGGCCUCGAGUCCUUCAACUCUACCCAAUCCGAAGGCCCCGAGCAUAUCCCCUCAAAAUAUGUACCACCUCCCAGUGAACAAGAACUGAUCGUCAAAACCCGCAUCUACAACCCACCACAGCAUGGCCACUUACCGGACGUGAAGGACAACCGCCCGCGAUCAAUGGCUGGUGCUCAGAGUGGUGCCCAGAGCGAACCCGUUCGUGUUCUCACACAUCUUGUUCCACUUGAGAAUGGAAGUAGGUGGAGUUUACCGGCGCGGAAGGAAUCGCUUUUAGACGAAGAGGAGAAUGCGAAUGUGGGUCAUACCCCUACUACAGGUGUAAAGUACACUCCCAUCCAAAUCGAUACGCGACGCUUUACGAGGGAAUCAAUGAUCUCAUCAACAUCACAGACGGAUACCGGUAACACCGCUGAACCGUUACAUCGGUUGUCUGGUGGACGGAUUGGGAUGUAUGCUUUGGUUGCAUCUCCCACUCCGAUGUCGCCGAGCCAAAGCGGACCGCAGGUGGUAGAUGCUCCUCUUGUGGCGUCACAGACUGCAAUGUUUCCCUGGCGUGAGCGGCCCCCACAGCCUAAUGCACGUCCAAUAAGAACGCAUGGAAUGGGUGCUGUAUCGGCUGCUUCGAUGGUGGAAAGUGAACGAUUGGUGGCGGGCGAGACAAGUUCUCAGGGUGAUAUCCUUCCUUGUACAGACGCUGACGCUACCGCGCAUCUACCUAGCGGGCUCUGGCAACUGCAAAGGCCUGUAGCCGCUGAUGCAUUGACCCGUCGAGAUGAACGUGGUCUGGAAGACAAGCGGUUUGAGCCAGCUGAAACAUCUUUGCCAUUGACAUCUUCGGAUACAUUGGCGGGGAGUGAGGCACCUGUGACUCCAGUCGCAUCGGAGAUACGGAACUCUACCGUACCUUCUCCGACCACGUAUCCGGCGAAUACUACCGAUGGAUUGACAUACCCGGAUGAACAGCGUUCAGAAGAGGAAGAGGAAGAUGCAGAGGGGUUCGAGCGCACGGGCACUGUUUCACCUUCCAUUGCUGGUGCACUAGCUGGGGAGGUAUCCCCUGUGUUCAUGCGAACCCUGACGUGGGCCCCACGUCUCCCAUUACGCGUGGUCAAUUCAAAAGAACCUUUGGAUGAGGGAGGCACGGAAGAAAGGGAAGAACCUGUUCUUUCAGAUAUUCCAAUGUGGCCAGCUCCACCUACUUUGGAUUCCUCGCCCCCCGAGUCUGAACAAUUUGAGUUCACCGCUCAACCGACCGAUGCUGCCACUACCAAGGAAGCAGUCUCUGCAAGUCGAUCAAGUGUCGCGCGUUUCAAAUCGCGCGUACGCAGGGUGAUGCAUAGACAUGGUGGUAGACGGAAACCCCCAACGAGCUCUGCUAGGCGGUUCACCUCCUCGGGUAUGGCGGGAGUGCGUGCAACGGGGUCAGUUAAACGUUCGAACCAAGUAGGAGGUGAACAACCGGAACAGAUGGCCAUGCUACCACCUAGGACGGUAUCGAUGGUAUUAGCCCCGGAAGAGGAUGGCAUGCCACCUGAAUCGGAAGGUUCAUCACCUAGUUUGUGUGGAAUGUCUCGUCAUAAUCUUCCUUCGCCGCCGCCACCCCCUGUCCGUGUUGAUUCGAUGGUUUCGGAACAAGAUGCUUUGGGGCCAGCAGUCGGAGGGCUGGAUGUGCCUGAGCACGGAGCUCCUGGUAUUGUGAAUGAAGCGGCCACUAACCUCCCUGUGCGUCUUGAGUCGAUGGUUUCGGAACAAGAUGAUUUGGUGCCAGCAAUUCGAGGGCCGGAUGUGCCGGAACACGGACCUCCUGGUAUUGUGAAUGAAGGGGUGCCUAGUACCCCUGUGCGUGCUGAUCCUGAUAGUGAUCGGGCGGAGGAAAAAGUUUCUAUGCCGUGUGAUGCAGAAAUCCAGGAUCAUGUCAUGAAAUAUCAUGAAGAGUUGAAGGAGAGUUUGGAGAGAAGACUACAAAUUCAAUUACCUGAACGGCUUGAUUCCCGUGUUGCAGAGAGUUCCAGUACGCCAGGAGGACCAUCAUCGUUGAACCAAGUUGCAUCAUCUCCUCCCCACUCUCGACGCGACGCUCCUGCAAGUCCUUCCACACCCCGGCCCAACCCAUCCCAAGACAUUCCCGACCGCCCAAGUUUCGACAGUUUCAACUCUGGAUCAACCGCAACCGUCGUCAAUGUGUCAAUCACACCCCGACGGGCAGCUUCUCCCGAGCAAAUGCAUGAGAAGCAUGUUCCGGAUGCGCACAUGCCAGAGCCAGAUACAUCGCAGUCUACUGGUGCCGUGAAAGCGACAACAGAAGAAGAAUGGAAAGCUGCCCAAGCGGAUCUGUUGGAGCGGAUUGCGAAGCAUUUGGGUCGAGCUUCUAUAUCGACACCGACUGGAUCACCAGAAAGUGAGAGAAGCCGAGUCCUCGUCGCUCGACCCAUGUCGUUUGUCUCCCAACCCGCAACUUGGGUCUACACAACCAAUGAUCACAUGUUGGACGAUUUGUCGAGAAUGGCCUCUGCGUCCUCAGCCCCGUCCCAACCACAGCAUACUUGGUCGUAUUCCUCAUCUGGCUCGUUGUAUGGGGGGUUUGAACCUUUGGCAAAUUACGUUCCUGAAUCGGCUUAUGGGGAAGUCACGCCGUCGAGUGCCUCGGUCGAGUACCCGCCGCGAGCUGAAUCGGUUGGACAAGGGAGUGGAAUGCCCAUGCAAGCGCCUCAGCACCCGUGGCCGAAUGUACCACCCGUCUACGGUGGCAGAGUAGGUUCCGUGACGGGGUCUGUGACGGGGUCGACUGCGUCGGGGGAUACCUUUGGAUGCACGCACAGCGAUGGCGGGGAGGCACCGAACGACGUUGCAUGGCCUUUGCGAACCGCUUCGAGUGUAGAUAUGAGCCAAGAAGUACGUCCUGCGAGUGGAGUUGAGUAUAGUGCGGAUGCAAUUCCUGUCAUGUCCCAGCAACCCGCACGACCUCUGCGGCAUCGGCCACCGACACCGGCCUGGCCGAAACCAGAGACAUCCGUGCAAGCCAGCGUUUCAUCCCGAUCCAGUGUUACCGGAGAAAUGGCGGAACAUCCUCCUCAGAGAUCCGCAUCUCCCUGGUCGUUUGUUUCAGGCGCAUCGGCCUACCUCACCCGCAGUGAACCCCAAGAACACAUGGCACCUCUUGGACCGUAUUCCCAAGAUCCAUACCGGGACAUGACCUCCCUCCCACAUGUCCCUCCUGUCCCACUCCCGUCCGUCAACACCCACCCCUGGCUCGACCAAUCUAUCCCUCCUGCAAGAUUCAAUCCCCCCCGCCCGUGGUCCCUACCUCCCAACCAAACCGAUAAAAACAUGGCAAUCCCACCGCGGCAUAGCAUUCAUUCUGGAUUCAAAGUCUUGGGCGUUCAGCAUGUUGCUGGGGUUUCUGGUGUCGAUGAUGCUGCAAUUACCGGUGCGCCUUCCAAGAAGGGCAAGGAGAACAAGGGGAGGUGGAGUCGGGUGGUUGAAAUUGUUAAAGGGCGAUGAUUGAGUAGACUUUUCGCUUUGGGGUAUUUGAUCAGAGUAUAUUUUUGGGGUGCGUGUGGGAUAUAAAUGGUAUUUCAUUUUUUUUUUGUUUCUGAUUAUUAUCAUUUAUUUGUCAGUGUUGAGUAAUUUUGUUCUUUGUUGGAUAUUGUUAAUAGAAUUGACAGUACACUUUUUUUUUU